CUUCCACUUCCGUAAGUUGCGUUACCUUGGUCUUUACGUCGACGUCUACUAAAGGAAGGCAAUAUGCAGUUGCAGAUUCGUGGACAGCAAACGCAUGUUCUGGAUUGCCAGGACACCACGACAAUCGCUGAUGUCAAGGUUAGACUUGCAUCGUUGGCAAAUGUUGAAAGCACAGAAUUUACGCUGCAUUGUGGGGGUGCUCCAGUGAGCGACAGUACCAGCGUAUCCGAGCUCUCUUCAUGCGUCUUGGAAUUGACAGUCCCACUUCUUGGAGGUAAGGUGCACGGAUCCCUUGCACGAGCUGGCAAAGUGAAAGGUCAGACGCCAAAGGUUGAAAAGCAGGAGAAGAGUAAGAAGAAGACAGGGAGGGCCAAACGUCGGAUUCAGUACAACCGAAGGUUUGUCACCGUUGUACCCUCUUACGGCAGACGCCGUGGACCAAAUGCCAACCCCAACACAUAAAUCAGUUACUUUUGCAUUUCGAUGAUGUAAUUCUGAUUUUAUAUCAAUAAAAACCGAGUAAUCUAAUA